AUGGUGAAACGAAAGGCGGAGAAGCAGCAACCUGCUGCUCCCCUCAGCGCGGUGGCAGCCCGCAAGGCUCGACAGCAACAAGCUCAGGCACAGGCCCUGGCCACAGAGAAGCCCUCCCAGGUCGAUCCGAUUCCAGAACCCCCGUCUAAGAAGCCGCGACAUGCACCGGAGAGUCAGGAGAAGGAGACUCCCGCCAAAUCGCCCCGCAAUGACAACCCCCCGCUGCGACGAUCGUCGAGACGCAGUGAUGCCAUAGACCGUCGCGAGAGCUCGAAGAAGACACCAGGAUGGAUCCCAUCGCUGCUCCAGACGAAGAAUCAGAGGAGGAGGACGGGUAAUCUUCCCUCGUUCUGUUGGAAUGAUCAGGAGCCAUAUGCUGACCGGACUAGUUAUGAAUCGCCGGCGGAGCUUCCCGUACAGGUCCAGGAGUUCCCGCUCUCCAAAACGCGCCUGAACAAGUCCAACGUCGUGUACAGUGACGAGGAUACGCUGUGCGUGCGCAUCAAGGAGAAGAUGAGUUUGGUCUUGGUGGGACAGUACGACCUCUGGGUCAAGCGCGGCCUCGUCAGUCUUAUGGGCGCAAAGCUGCACCCCUCGCCUCAGGUCUACCGAGUCUACGCCCCCUCGACCCAUUCGCUCCCCGUCAUCAAAUGCGUCGCCGGGGUGGACGGGGUCGCCGAAGUCGAGAUCAAGUCCUGUAGCACGGGCAUCACGCGUCUGGGGGAUCUCUCGCCCCUGUACCAGUGCGUCUGGAACGGGAAGAACACGCCGGCGGACAAGUUCACGCUGAAACAGGCCCCGUCGUCGUGCCGAAGAUCGUUCUCCGUGUUAAAUACAUCCGCGGAUGAUUCCCUCAAGCGCCAUCUGUGGCCGCUACAUCUCGAGAAGCAGUGGAGCGCCGCCAUCAAGUCCCUCUCCCAGCGCGGCGGGCGACUCCGCACUCUCGUCUGUGGUCCCAAAGGAUCGGGCAAAUCGACCUUUAGCCGCUACCUCCUUAACCACCUCCUCAGCCCCGCGCCCCAGACCGAGACCAACUACUGCAACACGGACGGCGUCGCCUUCCUGGACUUGGACCCCGGGCAGCCCGAGUUUUCACCCAUGGGACAGGUCUCGCUGACGCACGUCCGCACCCCGGUCUUCGACCCCGAUCACUACAUGAUCUCCGCAGUCGACCUAAUGGACCGCUACCACGCCCUCCUCGCCAGCUACCCCCAAUGUCCGCUGAUCAUCAACUACCCAGGCUGGAUCUUCGGCCUCGGCCUCGAGGUUGCGACCUGGCUGAUCCGCACGCUGGGUCUCUCCGACGUGGUCUACAUGAGCGAAAAGGAUGCAAUCCUACUUCCACAUGGGCCGCCCCGGCCCGCUCGCCACCCCUCUCUGGUCCGCGACGCCCUCGCCCGCACGCGCCCCUUCCGCGUCCGCUACGCCGGGCCCACCGCAGGCAUCCGCGGCAUCAUGGUGUUGGGCUCCGCAAUCCAGCCAGACAUCCUCCACGAGGUUCUCGACGGAUCCAUCGUCUCGAUCGUGGCCCUUGAAUCUCCCACCCCAAUCCUAGGACAUUCCUCCACAUCCUCCUCCGACCCCGACACCGACACCAAUACCCCCGCCACCCUCGAAACCCUCAUCACACGCGCCCCCACAACCAACCUCCCCUACCUCUUCUCCGGUUCCGGCAGCACCAACCCGCCAGACCCAAAAACCACCCGCAGCCUAGGCCUAGCCCUCAUCCGCUCCAUUGACCCCAAAACGCAGCACCUCGAGCUCAUCACCCCCAUCCCACCCCGCCAGAUCCAAGCUGCCCUCACCGACAGUGAAAGUCACGGUAUAAUCCUCGUGCGCGGGACCCUCGAUAACCCCAACUGGGCCCUCAGCGAAGAAUACCACUCCGCACGAGCAGCCCAAAAGCGGCAUCGGGUCCAGAUCGACGAGCAAACGUCCAAAUCAACCACUCAAGAAAAAGAGAAGGAAGACCAAAUAUCAGCCCUCCUAAACCACCGCAUCCGUCAAGCCAGCAAUGUCCCCUGGAUGAAGGUCAUCGAGGACCACAGUCGCUGGCGGAGGGAGCAGCAGCAGCGGGGGUCUGGGCAUUUGUGGAAGUUGAAGAAGAAGGCUUAUCCGGGGAGUGAGAGUGAGGGGGAGUGGUAG